GAAUCCUCAGGGAUGUUUGUUGUUAUUAUAUCAAUAACACCAUGGAUCUGUGCUUUCAUUGCAUAUGUUGUCUAUAAAAGAUGCAAGAAACCUAGGUACAAAGGUACAUUUGAUUGCAUUGAGACAUCGCCUGUAUGUCAGAAGUAUUUUGGUUCCUUUCAAGUUUUAUUCCUAAAAGAUCUCAAACUAGUUUGGCACAGAAAAGAUCAAAGAAUUGAAACAAAAUGUCCUAUAAUUAUCACUUGUUUUACGAUGUCAAGAUUGUCAGACGACGUAACAGCAGCUCUCGAAGGCCUAGAAGUUGCGGGUAAUUCACUAAUGCUAGUGGUGCUGCAAAAUUGUCUUCAAGGUAGAAAACCAUCCAGAAUGGCAACUAUGAAGACGAUCAGUGAUACAAGAAUAAAUGCCGUAGUUAAUGUCCUAGUCUGGGAGGGAGAGGCGUAUUCCUGUGAGAUAAACAAGAUGGCUGCAUGUGAUAUCAAAACAUUUCUUUUCAGUAAAACAUAACAAUUGUUGUAGACAGCCUCUAAAUAACUUUAUACUGUGUACACGUUGGAAACUUUCUGUACCUUUAUUCACAAUGUACGAUGUACUCGAAUGUUAAGGGUGAAAGAAUUUUUCAAAAAAUAUUUCUUAAAACAUCUGUCGAAUAAUUAUAUUCAUCAAUAUAAUGAUAUUUCAAUUUAACCGCAUGACGUUUCGGCCGAUUAACCGUUAGCCGUAUAAAAAUACGAAUUUUCUUAAUGUACAUGACCUUUUUUUAAAAGAAGCUUUAUUCAUAUAAUUGAGAAGACUGAUUAUGUCUUGAUAUAAAAUCAUUUUAUUUGUGGGAAUUCUUGCUAUUAAAA